AUGGAAGGAAAACAAUCGAAGUUUCGCCCAAUUCAAAUACCGAUUCCCUUCGGGCAGUUGAGUGGUAAAUGGUACGGAUCCAGUGAUGUUCGGCCACUUUUAUUCAUACAUGGAUACUGCGAUAACAGUGGAACGUUCGAUCGUCUAAUUCCGCUACUCCCGCCGCAUGGUAGCUAUCUGGCAAUAGACCUCCCAGGCCAUGGACUGUCCUCAAAUCUACCGGAUGGUAUUGUGUAUCACGCAACUGAUACGAUAAUCGUCAUUUUAAGAAUAAUGCAGGCCUACAAUUGGACAAAGGUAUCUCUAGUUGGCCAUUCACUGGGUGCAAUGAUGUGCUACAUGUUUAUUGGAAUCUAUCCCGAACUGGUGGAUCUCUUCGUCGCAAUAGAUGCUUUCCAACCAUACUUCCCAGGUAAGAUGCUUGAGCAUCUGGCUCACCACAUCGAGCGAACUUUGGCAUCAGACAUGGCCAACAGACGGAACGAAUUACCCAAAGUAUAUACCCACCAAGAAAUGUUGGAGAAAAUUCAUCAUGGACUAGCGAGCACGAUUCCCAAGGAAAUAUGUCAUCAUUUGUUGGCGAGAAAUAUCGCUGCCUCCAAACACCGACCGGAGAAGUAUUUUUUCCGCCAGGACAGCCGAACCAAAUUUCCAAACGUCCUGGGUUGGUCAAUGGAAACGAAUGCUCAAGCUGCUCGAAACAUAACUUGCCCGGUGCUAAUCAUCAAAGCUACCGACUCGAUUCAUUACAGCGAUCCCGAUGAGUGCAAGCAACUGAUUGAACUUAUGAAAAAGAAGCCCAGCUCCCAUGUAACAUUUGUAACGGUCAAAGGCUGUCACUAUGUGCAUCUGAUUGAACCGGAACGGGUGGCGAAUGUUAUUACGCAUUUUCUGAACUCGUGCAAAUAUUCUAGAGAAACCGUCGAAAGUAAAUUGAUCACGCCAAAGAAGAAAUCUCAGAGCAACAAUGAACGACAGUCGCAGACCAUUAGGCAAAAAGUUCACAUCGUUAAAGUAGAGAAGAAAGAUUAA